AUGGCCAACAUUACUCUUCCUUCCGAUUCGAUGUCUUACCCUGAUCUUGUCCAUGUCGCCAAACAAGAUCCCAGUCUCUCCUGGCCGGAGCAGCUGUGGUGGGCGCACUACGCCUUCUGGAACAAUGAUGUCUUCGCAACUGGAAUAAUCACCUUCCUUGCCCACGAGCUUAUUUACUUCGGCCGUUGCCUCCCAUGGGUCAUCGCCGACGCCCUGCCCAACAUCUUCCGACGCUUCAAGAUACAAGACCACAAGGCACCGCCGUCAGCUAGUGACCAAUGGACCUGCGUCAAGUACAUCCUCGCAAUUCACUUUAUCGUCGAGCUGCCAUUAAUCGUCCUCUUCCACCCGAUGAUGGAACUCUGCGGUGUCCAUUACACACUUCCCUUCCCCAAGCUCUCGGUCAUUGCCGCGCAAAUUGCGCUCUUUUUCAUCGUUGAAGAUACAUACCACUACUGGCUGCAUCGAGCCAUGCACUGGGGCCCACUUUAUCGUUCAAUCCACCGCGUCCACCACCAGUAUGCCGCGCCUUUCGGCUUGACUGCCGAAUAUGCCAGCCCUGCGGAGACGUUUCUCCUAGGUCUCGGCACGAUCUGCCCCCCGCUUCUUCUCGGUUAUGUAACGGACAACGUGCAUCUGAUAACAGUGUUGGCGUGGAUGGCCCUGCGUCAGUUGCAGGCUAUCGAUGCGCAUUCGGGGUACGAUUUUCCGUGGAGCUUGCGACGCCUAAUUCCGUUCUGGGGCGGCGCGGAUUGGCAUGAUGACCACCAUAGAUACUUCAGGGGGAACUAUUCGAGCUCUUUCAUGUAUUGGGAUGUUUUGAUGGGAACUGUCGCUGGACCGAGGGGAAAGGCAAUGGAACAUAGCAAACGGCGCUGA